CGCGGUUUUUUUUUUUCUAAUCUUUGCUGGAGGUAGCAUUUUACGAAAAAAAGUCUCGCUCGCCCAACUGCACAACCACCAAACCACUCAUCACAAGCCAAGGAACAAGACAAAGAACAAUCCGAAUCGAUAAUGGCGGAUGUCCCAGCGAGUGCACCGGCCGAGAUUGUCGUGCUCAAGUUUGGCGGCACGAGCGUCGGCAGCGGGCAGCGGAUGCUCGACGUAUGCGAGAUUGUGCGGGCGGCAUUCAAGCCUGCUGCGGCCGCUGCUGCUGCGCUUCUUGGAGAAGGAGACCCGACCUCGGCCCAGGGUGAUGGGCAGGAUGCUCCGAGCGGCUCCGUGGUGCGUGGCGAGCGACCCAUUGUGGUCUUGUCUGCCAUGUCCUCGUAUGUCAAGCUCGAGGGCACCACGUCCCGGCUGAUGGAGGCCGCGACCUGCGCUGUUCAAGGCGAUCUGCGUCAAUGCAUCAAGGUGCUGAACAAGGUCAAGUCGACCCACUUGGUAGCGAUUCACGAGGCCCUUGGCGAGUCGUCAAUGGCGCAGACGAUGCAGGAGGUGGUGAAUGAAGAGCUCGACCAGCUCAAGUCCUUCCUCGAAGCUAUCAGCGUCAUCCAUGAGAUAUCACCAAGAUCCCACGACGUCAUUAUUAGCCUCGGAGAGCGCCUGUCUGCCAAGCUCUUUGCGGCGGUGCUCAAGGAAAAGACCCAGUUGAACGCUGUCUUUGUCUCGCUCGAGCAGAUUCUUGAUCCCAAGGUGGAUGCGACCGGCCAAGGCUCCUCUGUGAUUGGUGUUCAGGCCGCAGCCUCGGGACAUUUGCGAGACCAGUCGUUUUACGACUUGAUCAAAACGCGCAUGGCUGCCGUCAUUCAAAGCCACCUACAAGCGCCUGAUGUUGUCCCCGUGGUUGGAGGCUUCUUUGGGUUUGUUCCAGGCGGUAUUGUUGAAACAAUCGGUCGCGGCUACACUGAUUUCACUGCCGCACUUAUUGCAGCGGGAGUGCAAGCAAAAGAGCUUCAAAUAUGGAAGGAGGUGGACGGCAUCUUUUCCGCAGACCCUUCCAAAGUCAAGACUGCCAAGGUGCUUCCUCGCAUCUCGCCCGGAGAAGCAGCCGAACUGACCUUCUAUGGCUCAGAGGUCAUCCAUCCCUUCACAAUGGAGCAGGUGGUGCGCGGUGGCAUCCCGAUUCGCAUCAAAAACACCUUCCGGCCGCACCUUCCUGGCACUGUGAUUGAUCCCAAUGCGUUCGAGCCCAUCUCGAAGCGCGGAGCGGUUGCUGUCACGGUCAAGGACAAUGUGACUGUCGUCACCCUGCGGUCCAACCGAAAACUGGGCUCGAUCGGCUUUCUUGCGUCUGUUUUUAGUAUUAUGGCCAAGUAUGGUCUUGAGAUUGAUCUCGUUUCCACCUCUGAGGUUGACGUCUCCAUGACAAUCGCCAAGUCCCGAAAUCUGGAUCUGGCAAAGCGCGAGCUCGAAGCAAUCGGCACCGUGUCUGUGCACAGCGAGCUCGCCAUCUUGAGCCUGGUUGGUUCUCACAUGAAGUCGACCAUUGGUAUUUCUGGCACCAUGUUCACCACGCUAGCCAAGAAUGCCAUCAAUAUUGAAAUGAUUUCUCAAGGUGCCUCGGAAAUCAACAUUUCCUGCGUCAUCAACCGCUCACAAGCGCAACUGGCCAUGCGCUGCGUCCAUGACGAGCUUGUUAUCGCCGCCAACGAUGCCUGGGCUCCGUGCUCCAGCUCCACGUCAGACACCCCGUCUCCGUCCCCAUCGCGCUCGCCACCCCCGGUCGAGGCCAUCACGAAAGACGGCCAAGCGGCUUAGAAUGUACCUUAUGUUUUGCGUCAAAGCGAUUCGAGCGGAUUGAUUGAACCCUGUCCUUGUAUUUGUGAAUUGCAGUGUGUGUGUGUGUGUCUACUCGAGUGAAUAAACACUGCUUCAACA